CAGCUCACAAGGCUAACUCCGCUUAGCAAGUAUCUUUGUGAAGCAGGAGGUUUUUAACUCACUGCUGUAAUACUAUUUCAGAUAGGUGAAAGCUGUGGGAACUUCUCCAUUUGGACCUGAUAAGAAAACAAGUUCAGUUGGAGCUAGUAAUGCAGAUUUUCCCUCUGAGGAUCCCGGAAUGUACCAGUUGGACAUUACUUUAAGAAGAGGACAGAAUUUAGCAGCAAGGGAUCGUGGAGGAACCAGUGAUCCAUACGUCAAGUUCAAACUUGGAGGAAAAGAAGUAUUUAGAAGUAAAACAAUACACAAGAACCUCAAUCCUGUAUGGGAAGAAAAAACUUCCAUUCUUAUAGAUAAUCCAAGAGAACCUAUAUAUGUAAAGGUGUUCGACUAUGACUUUGGACUUCAAGAUGACUUUAUUGGAUCAGCAUUUUUGGAUCUCACUUCAUUAGAAUUAAACAGGCAAACAGAUGUUACUUUGAGUCUGAAGGAUCCUCAUUACCCAGACCAUGAUCUGGGAAGUAUAUUGUUAUCAGUUCUGUUGGCUCCUAGAGAAGAACAGCGAGAAGCGACAAUGCUAAUGAGGAAGAGUUGGAAAAGAUCAAGUAAGUUUCAGACACAGAGCUUACGCCUCUCAGACCUGCACAGAAAAUCUCAGCUAUGGAGAGGGAUAGUUAGCGUUACCUUGAUAGAAGGUCAUGAACUUAAGGCGAUGGAUGCAAACGGGCUAAGUGAUCCUUAUGUGAAGUUCCGUCUGGGGCAUCAGAAGUACAAGAGCAAGAUUGUGCCAAAAACUUUGAAUCCUCAGUGGAGGGAACAGUUUGACUUUCAUCUCUAUGAAGAACGAGGUGGAAUUAUUGAUAUUACCGUGUGGGACAAAGAUGCUGGCAAAAAGGAUGAUUUUAUUGGCAGGUGCCAGGUCGACCUGUCAACCCUAAGUAAAGAGCAAACUCACAAGCUGGAGAUGCCCCUGGAAGGAGAGGGAUACCUGGUGUUGCUGGUCACUCUGACAGCCUCAGCUGCAGUCACUAUCUCUGACCUCUCUGUCAACUCCCUGGAGGACCCAAAGGAGCGGGAGGAAAUACUGAAGAGAUAUAGUCCAAUGAGGAUGUUCCAUAACAUGAAGGACGUGGGAUUUCUUCAGGUGAAGGUCAUCCGAGCAGAAGCAUUGAUGGCAGCUGAUGUUACAGGUAAAAGUGACCCAUUUUGUGUAGUUGAACUGAAUAAUGACAGACUGCUGACACAUACCGUCAACAAGAACCUCAAUCCAGAGUGGAACAAAAUCUUCACAUUCAAUAUUAAAGACAUCCACUCGGUGCUUGAAGUGACAGUUUAUGAUGAGGACCGCGAUCGGAGUGCUGACUUUCUAGGCAAAGUUGCGAUACCACUGCUGUCUAUUCAAAAUGGUGAACAGAAAGCCUACGUCUUGAAAAACAAGCAGCUGACAGGGCCAACAAAGGGGGUCAUCUAUCUUGAAAUAGAUGUGAUUUUUAAUGCUGUGAAAGCCAGCAUACGAACCUUAAUGCCCAAAGAACAGAAGUACAUUGAAGAGGAAAACAGACUGUCUAAACAGCUGCUGUUGAGAAACUUCAUCCGCAUGAAACGUUGUGUCAUGGUGCUCAUAAAUGCCGCCUACUACAUUAACAGUUGCUUUGACUGGGAUUCACCCCCAAGAAGUCUUGCUGCUUUUUUGCUUUUUCUUUUUGUGGUCUGGAACUUUGAGCUCUACAUGAUACCACUGGCUUUGUUGUUGCUGUUGGCAUGGAACUACUUCUUGAUCAUAUCGGGGAAAGAUAACAGGCAACAUGAUACAGUAGUGGAGGACAUGCUAGAGGACGAGGAAGAAGAGGAUGACAGAGAUGACAAGGACAGUGAAAAAAAGGGAUUUAUGAAUAAACUGUAUGCCAUCCAGGAGGUGUGUGUUAGUGUCCAGAACGUCCUUGAUGAAGUGGCUUCCUUUGGAGAAAGGGUAAAGAACACAUUCAACUGGACUGUUCCAUUCUUGAGCUGGCUGGCAAUAGUUGCCCUCUGUGUGUUCACAAUCAUCCUGUAUUUCAUUCCACUGAGAUACAUUGUCCUUGUCUGGGGCAUCAAUAAAUUUACGAAGAAGCUUCGAAGUCCAUAUGCAAUUGAUAACAACGAGCUGCUUGACUUCCUGUCCAGAGUUCCUUCAGAUGUGCAAGUGGUGCAAUAUCAUGAACUGAAACAAGAUCCCAGUCACAGCCCAAGCAAGAGGAAGAAAAACAAUCCUGGCUAGCCAGCUUCAUGUAUCGAAGAAACUAGCAUCUGCUGGGGGAAGAUAAAAGGAGAAGCCUACACCCUAAGCAGCAUUUCCUUUCUCUAAGCUUUUUAUUUAUUUUGCCUUUUUAUCUAAUGGGGAGAAUUUGUAAAUACUGUAUAAAGGCGUUUCUCACUGAAUAUAUACUUAGCACUGUAAAGACACAUUUGAUGAAGGUUUCGAGUAGGGCUUUUGCUGAUUGAAAGGCUUGUUAGAAAUAGUGUAACACGUUAAAGAAAUCAAAGUAGAAUGGUAAAUACGCACUGCUACUCAAUGGUCAGAGAUAUCUCAAAUAUUCAAAUCAUGACGAUUAAAUCUACAAAAGGUGUAAAUUUAAAUCUGACUCAAAAAUUCUGUAAAAUUUUAUUUGUGAACCUUAAUAUUUUUAUCCAGUAAGUCACCAUUACAAUUUUCUAUGUUUUAUACAUCUCAGCAGAAAUACAAUGUAGUGAAACCUACUGCACUUAAGUUUUAGCAAAUUUUUUGAACUCUAGACUGUGGUGUUAACUCCUGGUGCAACGUAUUCCUGUGCAGUAGGGCUGCUUGUAAGUUAAAGAGAAACACCAAAUGCAGAUGUCUUUCUGGAGCUCCCAAAAGAACUUCCUGCCAUUUUUAUCAUUCCAUUAUAAGACCUGAAAAUCUCUGUCUCUCUCAAAAUACUGCCAGGUUUGUAAUUGAUUGCCUGAUUUUUUUAUAUGUACCAGUGAUCUUCAUUUGUACUACAUAGUUUAGUGAAUUAGGUCCAUAGUUCUGCUGUAAUGGAAAUACUAUCAAACUAACUCCAUAUCGCUUUG